AUGCCAAGUAAUACAAAUAUUCAUCGAUCGUCGGGAACAAGCAGUAUAGAAAGUGCUCCUCCACCGACACCAACAGUUGCAGUACCAGCUCCUCCAGUACCACCCAAACGUCGACAAAUUUAUCGUUUCACCUCAAAUCGACCACUUUUUGCAGCUGGUUGGUCGAAUAAGCUUGAUCCAGAAAGACGAUGGCGCAUUGCUGUUGGUAGUGUUGUCGAAGAUAAACCUCAUAAUAAUCGAGUCUCAGUGAUACAGCUGGAUGAACAGCAAGGAGAACUUGUAGAAAGGUUUUCAUUCGAGCAUACUUUUCCUCCAAAUUGUAUUCAAUGGAUUCCAGACACAACAGAUUCUUACCCAGACCUUUUGGCAACCAGUGGGGAAUGUUUGAAAAUUUAUAGAGUCGAGCCAAAUUCAAUAAUGAUGGAAUGUAUUUUAAAUAACCAGUUUAAUUUCAUAGCAAGUCCUAUAAGAGCUUCAAACAAUUAUAAAUUACAGAAGCAAGCAUCUAAUUAUUCUGGUCCAUUGACUAACUUUGAUUGGAAUGAUAUUGAACCAACUCUCAUUGGUACAUCUUCAAUCGACAUGAGUUGCACUAUAUGGCAGCUUGAGACUGGACAAGCGAUUGCUCAAACCAAAAAAACUAGUGGAAGUGUUAAAACACAGUUGAUAGCUCAUGAUAAGCCGGUGCAUGAUAUAAAGUUUUCUCGUAUAAAUCGUGGACGGGAUAAUUUUGCUACUGUUGGUGCGGACGGGAGUGCACGUUUAUUCGAUUUACGAAAUUUGCAACAUUCUACAAUUGUAUACGAGGAUCCUUUAAGAUCUCCGCUAAUGAGACUUGCUUGGAACAAAGAAGAAAGUCAUUAUUUAGCUACUUUUGCACAAGAUUCUGCUGAGGUUGUGAUAGUGGAUAUUCGAGUGCCUUGUAAUCCUUUAGCUCGUCUUCAUAAUCAUCGAGCAUGUGUCAAUGGUAUAGCUUGGGCUCCACAUUCUUCAUGUCAUAUAUGUACAGCAGGAGAUGAUCGUCAGGCGUUAAUUUGGGAUAUUUCGCCUAUGCCAAGACCAGUAGAAGACCCAAUAUUAGCUUACCAAGCAGAAGGAGAGGUAGUUAAUUUUGUACACAGUAAAUCAGGUGCAUUGGUCAGCAUCUCAAAGAGAUUGGAUUUGUAUUUGUUUUGGAAAAUGUUUGGAAAUUCUACGAGUUUAAUCGGUGGCUCGCUAAGUUCAAGCUCCAAGCAGAAAGAGGUUUACAGAUAUGAAGCACCGCACACAUUGUAUUCUACUGCUUGGUCACAGCAUCCAGAUCCAGCAAAAAGAUUCCGUUUGGCGGUGGGGAGUUUUAUCGAGGAAUACAGUAAUAAGGUUUCAAUCGUAAAACUUGAUGAAGAUCUCGGUGAUUUCGUUGAUUAUGGCAGUUUUGACCAUCCAUAUCCUACGACAAAAGUGGUAUGGAUUCCAGAUAUAAGAGGUGUCUAUCCAGAUUUAAUUGCUACAACGGGCGAUUACUUACGAUUAUGGCGUGUUGGUCACACUUACGGUGCUCAAAUUGAGGUCUUUCUAAAUAACGUGCGUUUAUUUGUCUAUGCACGAUCAGCUCUCUAUAAUAGGAGCAGUGAAUAUUGCGCUCCAUUGACGUCAUGCGAUUGGAAUGAUGUGGAUAUUAGCUUGAUUGGCACAUCAAGCAUUGACACUACAUGUACCAUUUGGCAAAUUGAGACUGGUCAGUCAGUAGGUAUUGUACGAACAACAGAGGGGACUGUGAAGACACAGUUGAUAGCUCAUGAUAAAGAAGUUUUUGAUAUUGCUUUCACGAGAAUGGCAAGUGGUCGAGAAGUGUUUGCUAGUGUUGGAGCUGAUGGAAGUUUACGAAUGUUUGAUCUACGUCAUCUCGAGCAUUCAUCAGUAAUGUUCGAGGAAUCAUCCCAUACUCCUUUACUGCGUGUGGCAUGUAAUAAACAAGAUUAUAAUUAUGUUGCUGUAUUUGUUCAAGGUUCUACAGAAGUAUUAAUAAUCGACGUGCGUUUACCUUGCAUACCUGUUGCUAGACUGAAUAAUCAUCGUGGACGUGUAAAUGGUUUUGCCUGGGCUCCACAUUCUUCAUGUCAUAUAUGUACUGCAGGCGGCGAUAAUCAAGCCUUAAUUUGGGAUAUUCAUACAAUGCCUCGAUCUAUUGAUGAUCCUAUUUUGGCAUAUCAGGCAGCAGGCGAAAUCAAUCAAGUUCAUUGGUCGACAACUUUCCCAGACUGGAUAUCAAUAUGUUAUAAAAACUGUCUCGAAAUUUUACGAGUUUAA